GGCUGCGCGCGGCGCUCGGCCCCGGGAUGUCCUCGUCGGCCGGCGAGCAGUGCCGCUCGCCCGUGGGGUUGGAUUGCUGCAACUGCUGCCUGGACCUGGUGGGGGCCGGGGGGGGAGAGAACAACAACCCGGGCAGCCCCACCGCCAGCGGCUUCCGGCAGCUGCGGGAGCAGCUGGAGGGCGAGAACCUGAACGCCGCCAAGCUGAGCUCCAUCAUGCGCCAGGACUCGCUGGAGCCCGUCGUGCGGGACCCCUGCUACCUCCUCAACCAGGGCAUCUGCAACAGGAACAUCGACCAGACGCUGCUCUCCAUCCUGCUGCUCUUCCACAGUGCCUCCGGAGCCAGCGUGGUGGCCAUUGACAACAAGAUCGAGCAGGCAAUGGACCUGGUGAAAAACCACCUGAUGUACGCGGUGCGGGAGGAGGUGGAGGUGCUGAAGGAGCAGAUUAAGGAACUGCUGGAGAAGAACUCGCAGCUGGAGCGUGAGAACAGCCUCCUGAAGACCCUGGCCAGCCCCGAGCAGCUGGAGAAGUUCCAGUCACGGCUCCCAUCCGAGGUGUUGCAGCCCCAGGAGCAGAGCCCGGAGCCUGCCCCCCCGGCCCAGCACUCGGGGGGCUCUGCGGUGUAAAGUGGCUCUGUCCUUGGGGUGGGCAGAGCCACGGAACUCUUUCUACUUCAUCUCCUGCAACGAUACCAAAAUAAGCCAAGUUUUUCUGCCUUGGCUCAGAGGACUGCCGGAACCCGGUGCUGGGAUGCUCGUCCCUCCGGGAGAUGCCGGUGGCUGACCCCCAUCUGUCUGCCCUCCCUGCGCUGUGUGGGGCAGAGCUCGCCGAGACCCCGUAGUGCUGACCAUGGGGAUGCGGCUGGAAGGAGCGCGCCGAGCCCCAGCGUUGUGGGGGGUGGGGGGAGCAACCCAAACCUGGACUUGAGCAGCUGUUUCGGUUGCACGCACGUCGGCGUGGGGAUUACAAGGAAAGAAAGAGAAGAACGACAACCAAAAAGAAAACCAAACCAACCAAACCUUGUUUGACUAGAGUUGAGGUGUUUCUGUAGCUGUGUCUAUGCGGUGUCUGCGGGAUGCUGCGGGCCGGCUGUGCCCUUCUGGGCAGGAUUUGAAAGGAGACUGGAAUGGCACCAGGGUGGAACUGGGGGAACUGGGUGGCCAGAGGCCCCAAAACGGCCCCGAAAUGGGGGAUGGCAGCAAUGGGUGCUGCGUUCCCCCCUCCUCCUCCCCCCCCGAGCGACGGGACGUCCCUGCAGACGUCGGACGGUUGGAGCGGUGACGUGGUUGUGUACAUUUUUAGGUAGAAAUUGCAAUAAAGUCUACUUUUUUAUAGAA